AUCUCUUUCUACGUGCCUGGUUACCGAACGAAGAUUACUUGCGAAGCAUAUGGGAUUUGAGGUGGCGAGGGAGGCAACGACCAAUCACUGUGGCUCAUCCAAGCAGGCGCGGUGACGAACGUAUGGAGGAGGAGGAGCAACGACGAGGUGGCGGUUUCCUCGGCCACCGCUACUCCGCGGCCCGGGGCGAGUACGAGGUCGCCGUCGUCGCGGCGGCGCUCACGCACGUCGUCUGCUCCACCGAGCCGCCGCGCGGGGACGAGUUGGCGGCCCCGCUGCCGGCGCCGCGGCAAGGGGGGCAUGAUGGAGGUGGCGGAGGGGAGGAGGCGCGGGCGCAGUACAGGGGCGUGAGGCGGCGGCCGUGGGGCAAGUGGGCGGCCGAGAUACGCGACCCGGCGAAGGCGGCGCGCGUGUGGCUGGGCACGUUCGGCACGCCCGAGGAGGCCGCCCGCGCCUACGACGACGCCGCGCGCCGGCUCAAGGGCGCCAAGGCCAAGCUCAACUUCCCGACGACCUCACCCCAAGCCACCGCGUCAUCGUCGUCGGCGCCGCCGACCGUAGCCUCCGCCGCCACAGGGGAGUUCCCUAACCUCCGGCAGUACGCGCACAUACUCCAGAGCAGCGACGGGGACGCGCCGGCCGUCGCGUCCGGGCUGCUGCUGGGCCGCCGGCCGGCGGCGGAGAAGCAACGACGUCCCGAGGACGGACGUCACGACCGCGGCAGCAGCAGCAGCGCGAGCAGCGGGAGGUGAACACGGGCGUCGCACACUUGCACGUACGGGUCGGCGCGUGUGUGAUCGUGCGGUUGGACUUGAUGCCUUCAUCAACCAUCAGUGCAGCGCGCGCGGACGGGUCGAUCGAUCGAUCGAUCGCGAUCGAGUGGUUUGGUCAAGGGUGUGCCGUAGGUAAGUAGGUUGAUGUGAUCAACUAAACUGUACGUCCGUCACGUACAGUUCUGUACGUGCACGUCUGAAACUCUGGAGGUUGCACACAUCUCACAGCGAAUUCGUGAAGGUUCAUUGAACAGGUGGUUAACUGGUACAUACACAAGCACACGCCGCCACCCGAGUGUGCAGAUGUAUGUGUGCUCGUGACCAGACGUGGAUGAAACGUUUAUCAUUUGUGUGUGCAUGCACGUACUAUUUCAAAGCACGUACACGCGCUUGCUAAGGGUGGGGGGGAAAAAAUCCGAAAACCAAACAUAGAAAUCGAAACCGAACCGAAAUAACCGUUUUUACGCUGUGUUCGGUUUUCAAAUUCAUGCUAUUUGUUUAACCAGUUUAAUUAUGAUUUUUCGACUCCAAAACCGAACAAACCUAUAAACCAAAAUAUAUAUAGAUCUCUAUUCGUCAACUUCUGAGAUGCACGAAUCCUA